CGCGCUUUGUCUUAGCAUAGUGUGGUCUGUCUGGCUGGUUGGCUGACUGACUUGUUUCAUUGCUUCAUUUGUUGCUCGCUUCAAGAGCUUAAAGACAACGUCAAACUCGCUUGUGAAUCAGUUACAAAUCAAUUACCAAAGCGAGCGGUUGGUCGUUCGUUUCAAUUCACCUCCUUCCAUUUGUCGAUACAUUACGAAUACCAAGUGGUACUAAGACCGUUGUUUGAUUUCUUGCAUUUAGCCAAUAGCAUCAUGACUGACUACGCAGAAUUGCACCAACGACUGCAGAAGGUUGGCCAAGAGCAUCUUCUUAAGUUCUGGGAUGAAUUAAGCGAAGACGAGCGUAAACAAUUGGAACAAGACAUAUCUGAAUUGGAUUUAAAUGAACUGAAGGAAUAUUUUGAUCGUGCCACUUCUUCAUUGGCUCAAAAUGGCCUCAAAUUAGACGACCGUUUACAGCCUUUGCCAGACGACAAAUUGAUAAGAAUAUCCCGAGCUCCCGAGGAACUUUUGAAUAGCUAUCGUGAGGAGGGUCUAAAACAAAUAUCUUUGGGACAUGUUGGCGUAUUGCUCAUGGCUGGUGGACAAGGAACCAGAUUGGGCUUUGCCUAUCCCAAAGGCAUGUAUGAUGUUGGCUUGCAAUCGGGCAAAACACUUUUCCGUAUACAGGCAGAACGUAUUAUCAAACUUGAAGAAUUGGCUUUUGAGGCAACUGGCAAGAAGGGCACCAUAACAUGGUAUAUUAUGACUUCGGAGCAUACCCUACAGCCAACAUUGGAAUACUUUGAGAGCAACAAUUACUUUGGCCUCAAAAAGGAGAAUGUUGUUAUGUUCAAACAGGGUGCAUUGCCGUGCUAUGAAUACGAUGGCAAAAUAAUGCUAGAUCAAAAGCAUCGCAUAGCCCGUGCCCCCGAUGGCAAUGGUGGAAUAUAUCGUGCCUUGAAAAACCAGGGAAUUUUAGAUGACUUGACAAAGAGGGGUAUUUUAUAUUUACAUGCCCAUAGUGUGGACAAUAUAUUGAUCAAAGUAGCCGACCCUGUGUUUAUUGGCUACUGUGUGAGGGAAAAUGCUGACUGCGCUGCCAAAGUUGUUGAAAAAUCAUCACCCACAGAAGCCGUUGGGGUGGUGGCGAUAGUUGAUGGUAAAUACCAGGUGGUAGAAUACAGUGAAAUCUCAGCAAAAACAGCUGAAAUGCGUAAUCCCGAUGGCCGCCUUUCCUUUAGUGCCGGCAAUAUAUGCAAUCAUUUCUUCUCCACGAACUUCCUCCUAAAAAUCGGCUCAACAUAUGAGCAAGAACUAAAACUACAUGUGGCAAAGAAGAAGAUACCUUUUAUCGACAAUUCUGGCAAACGCAUUAAACCGGAAAAUCCUAAUGGCAUUAAGAUUGAGAAAUUUGUGUUCGAUGUUUUUGAAUUUGCUCAAAAGUUCGUAGCCAUGGAAGUGCCCAGAGAUGAGGAAUUCAGUGCUUUGAAGAAUGCCGAUUCGGCUGGUAAAGAUUGUCCAUCAACAGCGCGUAGCGAUCUGUACCGUCUACACAAGAAAUAUGUGGAAGCAGCCGGUGGCAUAGUGCACGGCGAAGAAUGUGAAAUAUCACCAUUUGUAAGUUAUGCAGGAGAGAACUUGGCACCGUUGGUCGAAGGUAAAUCCUUCACAACACCUUUAUAUUUGAGGAGUAAUCGUGAUACAGCCGCUCAUCUCUAAAUCUAAUGUGUACGAAUUCUGGACUAUAAUAUGAUAUUUGAAUAUUUCGAUACUUAAAAUUCCAUAUACUUAACUUUUUGUAUAGUUUGUUAAAUUGUUUUAAACGAAAAUGUGCAAUUCAUCUAGAUUUUUGUUGUAUUUGUAUGUAUUUUUGUUCGCUUAUAUAAUUAGUUGUUUAAAAAUAAAAUAAAAUUUGUAUUAGACGAAACAA